UCCCUUUGCGUGUCGUGUUUAUCAGCGUUCGUUGCUAGAUGUGAGAUUUUUUCCAUUCGUUCAUACAUAUUUUUCGGAAUGAUUUUUCCAAACGAUAAUCCGGUCAUCGGUCAACUCGUGAGAACGCUGUGUGCAUAACAGACAAAUCCGAUAGUCGAAUUUGUUGGGCGUAAGCAAGUGUGAGUCGCCCUGAAGUCGCUGUGGAUACCGACUGGGAGUUGAACUUAGAAAAUUGGCAUAUUGUAGUGCACCGGCCAGUCAGUCCAGUAGAGAAAAAACGCGUUUAUUUACGUAACAGCGCGAGUGAGGUGGUGCACUGAGGCGCUGAGAGGUAUCUUUGUCGGACGUUGGCAUUUGGAGGACCGUGAAAGCGUAUACUAUUCUUCGUUAGGAAUACUAAUCCACUGCACUGCAAGCUGAUCCGCUUCGCAAAUAUUAGAGAGAGGACAGACGGGGUAACGCAGUAAAAUCAAGUUGGUUACGAAUUCGUUUGGGCACGGUGACCGCUGAACGCAGCUGCGGGCUGCUAGCAGAAGCAAAACGACACGAACGAUGUCUAUCGAGGAUCGAUUCAAUGCAGCCGUCAACGUGAUUCGUGGCUUGCCAAAAAAUGGUCCUUAUCAGCCAAGCAAUGAUAUGCUGCUUACUUUCUACUCGCUUUUCAAACAAGCGACUAGAGGAAAGUGUUUGGAACGGCGCCCGGCUUUCUGGGAUGUUGUUGGAAGAGCCAAAUACGAUGCCUGGAAUCGGUUGGCGGACAUGCCACAGGAAGUGGCAAUGCAGAAAUAUGUUGACGAGCUGAGAAAGAUCGUCGAAACGAUGUCCUACACCGACAACGUGGCUAACUUCCUGCAGUACGGCAACGGCGAUGACAGUGUAAGCAUCAACGAUCUGGAGAUGGUCGCCCCGGAGGUAAUACAAAAAGUUCGCUCUCGUCCGAACUCUCCGCUGGCAUCCCGCGAUGCCAGUCCAUCGCGUAAUUCACCAGUCACGACCGCUCAACAGCAGCAACCCAUGGUCAAUGGUUAUCACAACGGUACGGCCGUACCGAAGCCGGUGCUCGCCAAUGGCUACCAUCACUACUACCAGAAUGGAGGCACCCAGUCGGAUCUAAGCGAUGACGAGUACAUCGAUACGGUGGAUGACUCCGAAACUGAGACUCCGUUCCGUCCUAUCGAGUCUGCUGCGGUGUUUACGUCGCGCAGCCGGUCUGCGCACUCGGCCGCCGGUGAACGAGAGCUUUUCCAUAGUCUUACCCCAUCGGUUGGAGGUAAUGCAGAAGUUGCAGCCCAUCUAAACCGGGCCAUUGAACGGCUCAAUGCAAGUGUCCAACAAGCCAACAAUCGAAUCAAUGUAAUAGAGCAGACGGUUGCCGGUUUGCGGUCGCCAGCUAAAAACUAUCCGGCAUGGUGGCCUUUCGAGGACAUUUCACCGCGGUUGUUGGCUAUGAUUAUCCUCUGGCCACUGGUCGUUAACCGGAUGAUGGUUUGGCUACAGCGGAAAAAGUGAGUUCCGUAAAUUCAGGCUGCCUUUAGCGUUUGCUUACGAUGUUACUAACUUGAGUGCGGUGUAAAAAAACUGUAGUGAUCUAGUUUAAGCUUUUAUUGUUUUCAUUGGACAUUGAAGAGCAGAUACAGCAAUGGCCCGGAUGGAGCACGGUACAACUAAGAUCAGUUUUCACAAGGCAGUAGGGAUAUAUAAUUUAAAACACAUUCCAAAGUGACGCAGAGUGACCCGCUGGCGGACUUUGAUCCAACAAUGGUACCUUUUUCGUCUGCCAACGGGACACAGAAGUUCUAUUAACUAAAUAUGCCAGUGUCAUUGCACAGGUAAACUAAAAGUAUGCGUCCGCGUCGCAGAAAUUACGUAAACUAGCGUACUUUUCAAUUAGUGAUAAUCGACGGGAUGGAAAGCAAGGCAAGAUCGUUCAAAUGAUAGGAACAAAAGUGCAAUUCAUUUUUCCUUGGAUGGGUACAUAUUAUCGUUUAGGUUUAUCAUUUUCACUGAUACAAUUGCCAAGGUUCGGCAGAGCGCAAAGAGCAUUUUUUGUAGUUUUAUUUUUUUUACAAAAGACUAAAAGCAUUUGAAAGUUACCAUCACUUUUUGCUGCUGUUUUGAUGACGGCGUGUUUAUUUAUUUUAUUAUUUGUACUACCAAGGUGUUUGUCAUAUGAAAUU